AAUUAAUUCUCUGUCGGCGAGCCCACCAUAAACCCAUCGGCUCCUGUAGAAGCAACCGGAGUCUGCGUCUCUCGGUUGCUUUGAAUCCAUUAAAACAAGGCGGUGGACUUGUUCGCAUAUCCGUCUUGAAUCAAAGGUAAACAAUACACAAUUCCCCACUGUAAUUUUCUUGUCGUCGGGCAGCUAUCGGAGACGAACGAAUCUGCUAGAGGGCCUUCUCUGUUGAGGUCGGCGCUGGACGAAACUGGCGUUCCCAAUUUUGCUGAUCAUAAUCUCUUAUAAGCAGGACUCCAUGGGCCAUUGUCAAGUGGCAGCAAAAUUACUGCUAUAGAUUCCUGAAAUCAGAGAGACCGUACUAACUCCCAAGUUCGCGUGAGAUUUAUCCCUAAAUUAUUAUCUUAAAGGAGAAUGUCGACGUGGUGCUCCAAUUGCUCAAAAACAGUUCGGGGUGAACGAUAUGAUGGCGGCCCCUUGUGCUGCACUGUGUGUGGGAAGGUGUUGGAAGAUACGAAUUUUUCAUCGGAAGUCACAUUCACCAAAGACUCGUAUGGGCAGAGUCGAGCUGUUGGCAAUGUCAUUAGGAGUGUUGAAAGUGAUGGUUCAGCUUCACGCCAAAUGUUAUUGGAGAGAGCUAGGAAUGAUAUAAGAAUUCUGAGUAAUAAUUUAGAGAUGGAUGACUACGCCUAUGCGGAUGUUAUUGAAAUGGCUUGGAGAUUUUAUACGAUGGCCGUUGAGAGGAAUUUUACUAGGGGCCGCAGAACAAAUCAAGUACAGGCUGCUUGUCUUUAUAUUGCAUGUCGGCAAAAAAGAAAGCCAUAUUUGCUUAUUGAUUUUUCUAAUGAAUUGCAGAUAAAUAUUUAUGUGCUGGGUGCUGUAUUUUUGGAGCUCUGUAAAGUGCUGUACCUUGUACAUCCCUCUAUUUUCCUCAACUUGGUCGAUCCUUCCAUAUUCAUUGAAAAAUUUACACAGAGUUUGCUUGGUAAGGAGGAUAGGAAAAGGAAUGUUGAGGUUGCUAAAACUGCAGAGAGUAUUAUGGCUAGCAUGAAACGGGAUUGGAUUACAACAGGGAGAAAACCCAGUGGGCUAUGUGGUGCAGCACUGUACAUAUCCGCCCUUUCACAUGGUAUCAAGUGUUUGAAGUCAGACAUUGUCAGAACUAUGCAUAUCUGUGAAGCGACACUGAUGAAGCGUUUAGAUGAAUUUGAAAACACAGAGUCUGGAAACUUAACGAUUGAGGAGUUCAUGGAAAAGGCUUAUGAGCUUCGAGAAAGUGCUUCAACCAAGCUACCGAAUGUUGCACCUGAUUUAAAGGAGGUGCUUUGUCCACAUAAGAAGAGUCAACCUUUUGCUUGCCAGCUUUGUAAAAGCUGUUACGAUGAAUUCAUGAAAGUUUCAGGAGGACUUGAUGGGGGAGUAGACCCUCCAGCUUUCCAGCGUGCUGAGAGGGAGAGAAUGGCCAUAGCACAAAUGGAGAAAGAAUCUGUAGAAAGUGAACCAACUCCUGAGGGGCUAGUCAACAGUGAACAAAUUGAGAAAGAGCCUAACAUCCCACAUACGAGCAAGCCUGAAAAGUUAUUCUCAGAGUCUAAGAUGGCUGGGGAUGUUCCCAAGGCAGGAGCUACUCAUGACCUUGGUAGUAAUAUGCUAGAUGAAGUUGAUGGCGGUGCAGAAUCAUGUGAUGAAUCAGACAACUUUUCUGAUAUUGAUGAUGUUGAGGUUGAUGGUUAUCUCCACAAUGAGGAGGAGAAGCAAUACAAAAAGAUUAUUUGGGAAGAAAUGAACCGGGAGUAUCUUGAGGAGCAAGCAGCAAAAGAAGCCGCCGCAGCUGUCGCUAAGCAGGCUUAUGAUGCCAAUAUAGGGAACUGCCCAGAAGGCCUACAAGCUGCACGGGAUUUUGCUGCGGCAACCGAAGCAGCCGUACAGAAAUCACGAAAGGAGAAGCAACAGCGGCGGGCCACUGAAGCGAAAAAUUCUUUGCCAGCUCAAUCUGCUGCAGAAGCUACCCACCAAAUGCUGAUUAAGAAGAGGCUGAGCUCAAAAAUCAACUAUGAUGUAUUGGAGAAACUUUUUGACGAACCAGCUGCUCAGCAGAACCCCAAGAAAUCCAGAAGUGAAUCACAUCUCAACAAUGAUGGAAAGUUGUCCAAUAUUGAUAACAAAGCGAGAGAGUCGGAGGGAGGGAACAAGGAUGAUGACUUGAUGCUUGAAGAUGAAUAUGACUAUCAGGAGGAUGAAUAUGACGUUAAUAAUGAUUACAAUUACGAUAACAUAUACGAAGGUGAGGAUAAUGAUGACAAUGGUUAUGAUUAACAACUGUUCAACACCUGUUAUUAAAACAUCAUCCGCUAUCUCUUCUUUAGAUCUUAAUGUAUUUAUAAAUUGGCGGAAUAUUCCAGUUUUGAUCACAUUUCAUGUUCUCAUUUAUUGGUCUUAUUUGUUCAAGUUGUGGUUCAUACUUUAAACUAAAGCUUAAUCAUUAUUCUAUAUCAUCCUUUUCUUUA